CAAAGCCACACACACACUCGUUGGUUGGUUUAUUUUGUUUCUCCUUCUUCUCCUUGUUCGUUCCCUCUUGGGUUCUCCCAGCAGCAGCAGCACCACCACCACACAAACCAAACCCACCUCCACACUCCACCCGGGUCAAUGACCCAGAGCAGAAAGCCCAGAAAGCCCAACCCGCAAGCCCGCGAAGCCCUACAGAACCACCCUUCUUCUUCGUUCUCCAGCUCCGGCAUGAAACUCAUCGUCCCCCUCCAGGGCGUGGUUCAGGGACGCGGAGGCCUUCUCCUCGGGACUCUCGUCCCCUGCGCGCUCUUCUACUUCCUCCAGCUCUACCUCAAACGACGCCGUUCCAACUUCUCCCCUCCCUCCCCCUCCGAACCCACCCUCCCACGCACCUCCUCCCGCUCCAGUUUGUCGACACGUGGCUCCAUUUCCCGUGUCCGGGUCUCCAAGCUCGCCACGCAGAUUUCCAGACCCGACGAGUCGCUCUAUUACGUCGGGUUGGAGAGGGUUUCGCGAGAUCCCUACGACGCGUUGGAGAAUCCCAAUGGGAUUAUUCAGUUGGGCUUGUCGGAUAACAAGCUGUGCUUGGAUUUGAUAGGGGAAUGGGUGGCACGGAACUUGGAAGGGUCCAUCAGUGGCGGUGUUGGUCUGGGAAUCAAUGGGAUUGUGCCGUAUCAGACGUUUGAUGGGGUCAUGGAAUUGAAAAUGGCUUUGUCAGAUUUUAUGCAUCAGGUGAUUGGGGGAUCAGUGAAAUUUGACCCAUCUAACAUGGUACUAACAGCUGGGGCAACUCCUGCAAUUGAGAUAUUGUCCUUCUGUUUGGCAGACCAUGGAAAUGCAUUCCUUGUCCCUACACCAUAUUAUCCUGGCUUUGACAGAGAUGUAAGAUGGCGUCCUGGGGUAGACCUAAUACCUGUUCAUUGUCGCAGUACUGACAAUUUCGAUUUAAAUAUCACUGCUCUUGAACAAGCAUUUAGUCAAGCAAGAAAACGAGGAGUCAAAGUUCGUGGAAUUCUAAUUUCCAACCCUUCAAACCCUGUUGGCAAUAUGAUGACACAAGACAUGCUUUACAGUCUUUUAGACUUUGCUGAAGAGAAAAAUAUUCAUAUCAUUGCUGAUGAAGUAUUUGCAGGCUCCACAUAUGGAAGUGAGAAGUUUGUGAGCAUAGCUGAAAUUCUUAAUUCAGAUUAUAUAGACAAGAGCCGGGUCCAUAUAAUAUAUGGUCUGUCAAAAGACCUCUCGCUUGCUGGCUUUAGAGUCGGGGUUAUAUGUUCAUUCAAUGAGAGUGUUUUGGCUGCUGCCAAGAAGUUGAGUAGAUUUUCCUCUAUAUCCGCUCCGACCCAGAGGUUAGUUACUUCAAUGCUUUCAGAUAAAAGAUUUAUUCGGGAGUACUUUGAAACCAACCAGAAAAGAAUACGACAAGUGCACGAUGAAUUUGUGGGUUGUUUAAGUAAACUAGGAAUCAAGUGUGCCAAGAGCAGUGCUGGUAUGUACUGUUGGGCUGAUAUGAGUGGAUUAAUCCGACCUUAUAGUGAGAAAGGAGAAAUUGAAUUAUGGGAGAAGUUUUUGAGUGUUGCUAAGAUCAAUAUAACUCCUGGGUCAGCCUGUCAUUGCAUAGAGCCAGGAUGGUUUAGGAUUUGUUUUACCACUAUAACAUUAGAGGAGAUCCCUUUGGUAAUUGAACGAAUUAGGAAAGUUGUUGAAAGUUGUAAUUCUUCUAGUUGAAGUUCUAUUGUUUCAUUGACAUUUACAGUUAAGGCCUGAUGUUGCAGCCAGAAGUUGCUGUUUAGAAAUUUUGGAAAGGAAUGUGUACAUCCCUAGUUAUCAAGUUCAGUUGUCUUGCGGAAUCCAAAAUUUAUUACUUUGCGGGAGAAAUAUUCUCUUGUAACGCAAAGUCUCAACAGAGUAAACUCAGUUUGCAAUUAAGAGUUUGGUUUAAAAUGAA